CACAUGCCUGCCCCUGCCCGGGCCCGUCCUCGCCGGGGCCGGUGCGCUCCCUCCCUUCCACAACUGCCCUCACCUCCCCCCUUGCCUGCCGCCGUGCCUUGCCACCAUUGCCACGGUGCCACCACCACCGUCCACCUCUGGUCCUGGGUCUCUAUAAAAGCUCGGCCCGGACGGAGGCGCAGAGCAGCUGCCUGCUCCUCCCCAAAAAUCUCGCCCCGUCAGCAGCUCCACGCACAGCACGGCGAAAAAGGCCCGGGAAGAAGGCGGGCAAGCGAGCGAUGGCUGCCAAGACCGUCUCCUUCCUGGUGCUCGCGCUCCUGCUCCUCGCCGUCGCGACGUUCCCCGUGGAGGUGGCGGCCGGCGGCGGCGGCAACGGCAAAGGCAAAGGGAACGGCUACGGCAACGGGAACGGGAACGGGAACGGGAACGGCGGCGGCAACCUGAAGCCGUGGGAGUGCUCGCCCAAGUGCGGGACGCGGUGCUCCAACACGCAGUACAAGAAGGCCUGCCUCACCUUCUGCAACAAGUGCUGCGCCAAGUGCCUCUGCGUGCCCCCCGGGUUCUACGGCAACAAGGGCGCCUGCCCCUGCUACAACAACUGGAAGACCAAGGAGGGAGGGCCCAAGUGCCCCUAGAUUAGAUCAGAUCCCGGCCGCCAUUGCUCGUGCUCCUCCUCCGGUGGCCGCUGCUGUCAAGAUCCACAGGCUUACUUACCGAUGAUCCAGGCAGUGUUCGUGCUCUGUUCUCCCCCUAGCUGCUAGGUGUGUUAGUGAUGCGGCCGUUUGCUGAAUCUGCCAUGCUAUUCCGAGCAGAUCUGGAUGCCGCACCAUGUGCUUGUGCUAGUGCAACUGUUGGUGAGGCAUUAGGAAAGAACAAAUCAGGGGAGAAAUAGGAUAUUCCUAUGUAAGGGUGGCACGGCAUGGGGCACAGCUACCUCUCUAUUUAGUAGGACUUGAUUAAAAUUAUCCAGCCUAAUGAUGGAAAUCCCACACCAUUAGUGGGCCAUGUCAAGCCUGAUAACCUUGCUAUUUGCAGUUCGUACUCGCGCAGAAUGCCAGUUCUAAUACUACAUUCUUUCUUUA